UUCAAACGAUAAUAGAAUAUUACCAAACAAUUUAUCUACGCAAGUCGUUGAAAAAUUAAAAAAAUCCAACGACGCGGGAAACCAAAAAACUUGUUUACGUUUACGGGCAUCCAGUACUCCAGUUAUCAGUAGGUUAUCGUCUACACUCGGAAGACGAUCAUUAAUGUUUACAUUUGGUCUUUCGAAAAUUUGCUCGAUUCGUUUAACUAUUAAUUUUAAACAAAAUUAUGUUUCAUUCUGGCUCCGGCUGUCUGAUCACUAUAACGUAGAACCGGUUCAACGUAACAGUAAUCUCUUGUAUGCGCUGUAAACUAUGGGAAAAGAACACAAAAAGCACAAGAAACACAAACAUUCAAAGAACAAACACAAACCCAAAGACGAGCGCGAAUAUCACGUUCCGAUCGUUCCGCUCAAGAGCGACGUGCGUCCGAAAUCGGUGUCGAGCGAUGCGGGUGAGUCGAGAGACACCGUCGCCAAGCCCAUCGGACCAAUUAUGCCGCCUGGCCUGUCGAGCUCCGUCGGUGGUGAACACGAGACCAAUGCACCAGGACCGGUGGCCGGUGAUCCUAACCACUCGUAUGGGCCGAGCUUACCGCCACACCUGGUUCCGCAGAAACGCGCUCCAGGACCAUCGUUACCUUUGGAUUUCAAAAUUGAAGAUAAAGUUGUCGCCCAGAUUGAUGACGAAAUCUCGGGUUUCGGUCCAUUACCGGCCGAGCUGAUAACUUCAGACUCCGAGCAACUGUUUAUACAGAAACAAUUGGAAUUGCGAGCUGAAUAUAUGAAACGAAAAUUUGCAGGAGAAAUAUACGACGACAAAAAACAGGAAACGGUUAGAGAGAAAUGGAUGUUAGAGCUGCCGCCAGAAAAAGCUGCCAACCUAGGUUUAGGGGCAAGGCAGUUCAGGAAACGAGAGGCUCCUGACAUGAGUAACCGAUCAGAAUGGACUGACACGCCGACAGAUAAACAACGUAAAGUUCAAGAACCAAAAACUGCAGAAGAAACUGACAUGGAAGCAUUGAAACUGAUCGCAAUUCAAAAACGUGACGAGGAAAUGGAAAAACUUGCAGAAACCUCAGUAAAACGGAAACCUUAUUCAUUAUUAGAAAUGCACCAAGAAAAACUAAAAAAACAAAAAAAGGAAAAAAUUAAAGAAGAACCUGUUGAAAGAAGACCUUUUAGUAGGGAUAUUGAUCUUCAAUGUAACAAAUUCGAUAACGCUCAGAAACAAUCAAUAUUGAAAAAAGCCAGUCAGCUGAAUAAUAGAUUUUCACAAGGUGAAUCUAGAUUUCUAUGAAUCUUAAUUAAAUCUUACUAUGACUUGUCGGUAAUUACCCGUUAUUAACAUCAAUAACAUCUAUGUAUGUUUAUUGAGUACGCAUUGAUUUUCUUCACUGAACUUUACAAAAUAUAUUCACACAUAAUAUGGAUGAGACUAA